AUGGCGCAAUCUGGAGACGAGUUCAAUCGACCGGUGGCGGAUGCGGUAGCAAGCUCCACCCUUGAGAUGGUGCUAUCCGACACCAGUUUGUCGCGACUGAAGCGGAUGGUGAUGGCUUCGUGGAUCGAAAUAAAGACCCUGUUUCCACUUGCUGCACCUUCAAUCAUGAUGUACUUGAUAAACAAUUCCGUGUCCAACACUGCUAGGAUCUUCUCUGGCCACCUUGGCGAUCUUGAGUUUGCAGCUUGGAGUCUUGGCAGCAGCGGCAUUCAUCUAUUUGGCUAUGGCCUCUUGCUAGGAAUGGGAAGUGCAGUCGAAACCCUAUGUGGACAAGCAUAUGGUGCAGGCAGAUACGAAAUGUUAGGCAUCUAUCUACAAAGAGCAAGUAUUGUUCUUUUCUUGACCGGUCUCCCAACAACCUUAAUCUAUAUAUUUUCAAAACAAAUCUUAAUUUUCAUGCAUGAACCCAAAAACGUGGCAUCACUAGCAGCAGUGAUCGUUCACGGCCUCGUCCCACAGCUUUUUGCAUUCACAGUCAACUUCCCAAUACAAAAAUUUCUCCAAUCACAGAGUUUAGUACUCCCCGGUGCUUAUAUUUCAUUGGCCACUGCUGGGGUGCAUGUACUCUUAUCAUGGGUUGCAGUGUACAAGAUUGGUUUUGGAUUGAUUGGGCUAUCAUUGGUUUGGAGCUUUUCUUGGUGGAUCCUUGUCACGGCCCAGUUUCUUUAUAUUUUAUUGAGCCCAAAAUGUAAGCACACUUGGAAUGGAUUGAAAUGGGAGGCUUUUAAUGGGCUUUGGGAAUUUGUGAAAUUAUCAGUUGGUUCAGCAGUGAUGCUGUGCUUGCAAACGUGGUACCUUCAGGUACUAGUCUUGAUUGCAGGACUUUUUAGGAACCCUGAACUUGCCUUGGAUGCACUUUCAGUAUGCUUGUCGAUAAAUAACAUGUUAUACACAGUUGCAAUAGGGUUCAAUGCUGCUGCUAGUGUUCGAGUGAGCAAUGAGCUCGGAGCAGGAAAUCCUAAGUCAGCAGCUUUUUCCGUUUUCAUGGUGAUUUUUGUUUCAUUUAUCCUUGCUUUGGUGGAUGCUGCAACCGUAUUAUGGCAACGUCAUAGAAUUAGUCAUGUAUUCACCGAUGGCGAAACAGUGGCUCAUGCAGUAUCAGAACUUUGUCCAUUCUUAUCGGUUACUAUCGUUCUUAAUGGUAUCCAACCCGUCUUGUCCGGGGUGGCCGUUGGUUGUGGAUGGCAAGCAUUUGUUGCGUACAUAAAUGUAGGGUGUUACUACAUUGUGGGAGUUCCCCUUGGUUGUCUUUUGGGAUUCAAAUUCAACCUCAGUGUUAAGAUGCUUUAUACUUGUACAGGGAAUAUGGUCAGGUAUGAUCGGAGGAGCAAUGAUUCAAAUCAUCAUUUUGCUUUGGGUGACGUGUCGAACUGA